CAUAUGAUUAAGUUAAAUUGCAUGGAAAACUUAAGCAUCAAAUUUUGUAACAUUUCACCAUCACCCAUGCCUUUACUAACUGUAGUAUGAACAGCCUAGAAUAUUUACAUCUUUCAUUUCAGUCUACAAGACUGAAAAGACUCGUGAAGUCAGGACAGUCCUUAGCGUGCCCAAACCAGGGGUGUAGAGCGAAGUUCACGACUGCCCUUGGAUACCAAAGCCACGUGAAAAUAUGUGGAAUAAAAGAGGAGGAGAGAGAGAAGUUUCCUUGUGAGAUUUGUGGAAAACAAUACAUGUCCUAUCCAGGACUUACAUAUCAUAUGAAGGCUAAACACACAGAGAGUGAACCCAUCAACAGUGAUCAUUCUGAGGUUAAGGAUGAGGAAGAGGAGCCUGAAAUUCUACCAAGUGGAAGAAGAAGAAGAAAGGCAGCUUCAAGGGCCAUAUCAAAGGUGCAGCAAAUAACAACAGACCAAGAACUUGAAGAAAUCAAUCUGGCCAAAAAGACAGAAAAGAGAGCCCUUGGCCAGCUGAUAUCCAAAAUUAAAGGAAGAGUUGUUUCAAAGGAGCAAGAGGACAAAUGGAAUGAGAUGCUGAAGACAGAGUCAGAUAUUGUUUGUCCUGGCGUGGGGUGUUCAGAAACAUUUAAGGCAGUGUCAAGCCUCAAAGAGCAUCUGCAAUCCUGUGCGAAAGCAAUCUCUUACAAGUGUCUGGCAUGUGGCAAGAAGUAUCUAUCCUUACUAAUCAUCCAGAAGCACAUCAAGCAUCUUCAUGUUGGAUAUAUGCCAAAGGGAAUGGAGAAGUCCGACAGCAGUGAUGUGGAUUUUCAAGCUGCCAGUUCAGGAGAGAGUGAAGAUGACAGUGACGAUGUAGAGAUUGAAGAGAUCGACGAUAGUGGUAGCGAACUAAAUGACCACCUGGAGGAUGCCGAAGAAAUUGUUGUCUGGGAUGACACGAGAGCAAAGUUCAAGAAACCAAGAAAAAAGAGACAACCGCCUAACAGAACGUCUGGUGAAGAUGUGAGAUUUGGACCUAUUGGGGCAAAGGACUCGGAGAGUUACACAACAACAGAAAGCUGGCGCAAGCAAGAGUAUACACAUAAGGACCUGUUCCCAAACUUGAGACCCUCCUCCUCAUACUGGUGUAAAGUUGAGCUCAGUGAAGUCGACCAGUAUUUACCUGAAGCAACCACCUCACCACCGUUUCAAAUAAGAAGAAAAGGAGACAGUCAGAGCUUGGAGGAGAGCACAGAACUUCCAUUGUUUGAGAGCACAUCUAAAGAUCAUAGUUCUCUUCAUGGUGACGUUACUUUCAAUGUUGGUGGACCAGUCUGGGCAAUGGAUUGGUGCCCAGUACCAGACUCAACCAAGAAUUCAGAUCAGUAUUUGGCAAUUAGCACGCAUAGAUCAUUCGACGAGGUUCACAAUGUUCAUAAAUGUUUUUCAAGAAAAGGACUUAUACAACUGUGGAAUGUUGGUCAGUUAAAAGUGAACUCAGCUAGUUCAGGGUCGAAACCAACCUUGUCACUCGGCAUAGCGCACGACUUUGGUGCCAUAUGGGACAUCAGCUGGUGUCCGUCUGGAACAUGGGAACCUUCCUUCUCUGAUAAAAACCAAACAGAGUGUCUUCCUCGUCUUGGUGUUAUGGUUGUAGCAUGUAGCGAUGGCUUGGUUCGGAUUCUGAGCAUUCCUUGGCCAUCUGAGUUGGAAUCUGCCCAAGAGGUGAAGGACUCAAAGAACAAUUUUAAGACAGUGAUGUUUCGUCCUAUUCCCCAUGCUAAGUUGAUUCCAUGUUCCUUGGGCGUGGCUUAUAGUGGGGAGAGUGGUCAAGCUUGGUGUGCAAAGUGGUUUCCCUGUGCCAUGCACGAGAAGAUAGCGGCUGGAUUUUCUGAUGGAUCGGUGGCAAUAUGGAAUCUCACGACAGAAUCGCCGUUGCUAAAGGAAACCGAGAAUGAAGGAAAAACAUUUCGUCUGGCUCCUUUCCUUCAUAUUCUGGCGAACUCAUCAGUGAUCAAAGAUCUCGCUUGGUGUCGAGAAUGUCCCGACUACCUUGUGACAGGGAGUUAUGAUCGAUUGUAUAAAGUGUGGGAUCUUAAGUCUCCCUUGAUGCCAGUAGCUGUCAUAAAACGAGGUGUACCGCAUGAGAUUCAUUGGCCGUACGGUUUUGCUAAUAUUAUGAGCUGUGAAGACGAUGCAUUUCAGAAUCUGACGUACCCGUGCGUUGCAAGAUACUUCACAUUCCAAACCAACAAAGAUGAGAGAUUGACCAAUCUAGCGUCCACGCAUAACUGCACAAUCUGGAGUAUAUCGAUGUCUGAGUGGUCAAACAUCUUGGCCUGUGGUGAUGCUGCCGGCGAGGUUGUAGCUGUCCAUGUCUUACCGAAGAAACGGAAAACGUUUGCUAGAUUUGGCAUUUACAGGGCGUUUUUGGAAGAAAUUGCUGGUAAUUCUUCAUCUAGUGAACAAAAUAAGGAAGAUUUUUCUCAAAGAGAACAGAAAAACGCUGACUCAGUCGAGGAAACUCAAACGGAUGGUUCUGCCGGUGACAAUGGUUCAUCUGCUGACAGGAAGAUGAAAGAAAUCCUUGCUUCUAAAGAAAAAUCUUCAAUGAACGUGUCAACCUCGAAAUCAGAUGCAGACGAGAUGAUGGAAACCACCAAUGCGUCUGGGAAAACAGAUGGUGACGCAAAAAAGGGAACACCCACUCCACCAAAGACUUUAGGAGAAGUGUUUGAGAAACACAGACUUGUGUUUCAUGAUGUUAAUGCAUUGGAGUUUAAGGACAGAGUUGACAAAUCAGAUCCAGAUUUCAAACGCCUUCUUUCGCCGAGCACUAUGCAAACCAUUCCGUAUGAUCAAUUUGCCAAUCCUCAAGCGAUACAUAAGGUCCGUUUUAAUCCCAAUAAACAAUCCUACAUGUGGCUCGCCUCAGGUUGCGCCUCGGGUCUGGCAAGACUCCAUUUAGUCAAGCAGGUCACCACGUGACAUGGCAUGUUAGGACACGUGUUGCUUCCUGGAUUGUAAAGGAUGUUGAGAAUUAUGGAGAUUUGAAAAGGCAAUGUCUCCCUUUAAAUCGGCAGCAUGGCCAUGCUGAUAAACAUGUAGUUCAUCCGUGACUGAUUAACCAGGAAAACCAGGAGCUUUCCUGAGAGACGAUGAAGCUAGGGGACUGGAUCCCCAUUCAGGCUUUAUUUAUUCGGCAAUCGAUCUCCAGUUAUUGGCCGUUUUUAACGUAGAGACGUUAAAGUUGUCUAAGACG